AUGUCAGUUGAAGAAUUGAAAGAUACCGUACACAAGCUCCACGAGAGAAUCCAACAAUUGGAGAAAAAAGUUGGUGUUCUCCCAUCUUCCCAACCAGAUUUCGCCAAACAAUUGAGAUUGGUGUUGAUUGGAGCUCCGGGUUCUGGUAAAGGUACCCAAUCCACCGACUUGAAGGAUAAGUUCUGUGCUUGUCAUUUGGCUACUGGUGACAUGUUGCGUUCCCAAGUUAAGCAAGGUACUCCUUUAGGUCUUGAAGCCAAAAAGAUUAUGGAUCAAGGUGGAUUGGUCAAUGAUGAAAUUAUGAUUGGUAUGAUCAAACAAGAGUUGGAAACCAACCAAGAUUGUAAAAAGGGUUUUAUUUUGGACGGUUUCCCAAGAACUAUUCCCCAAGCUGAAAAAUUGGACUCUAUGUUGAAAGACAGAAAGACUCCAUUGGAAAACGCCAUUGAAUUGAAGAUUGACGAUGAGUUAUUAGUUGAUAGAAUCACCGGAAGAUUGGUCCACCCAGCUUCUGGUAGAUCAUAUCACAAGAUCUUUUCACCUCCAAAGAAAGAGAUGACCGAUGACAUCACUGGUGAACCAUUGGUGCAAAGAUCCGAUGACAAUGAAGCUGCUUUGAAGAAGAGAUUGGUAACUUACCACGCACAAACCGAACCAAUUGUUGAAUACUACAAAAAGACCGGUAUUUGGCAAGGUAUUGAUGCCUCCCAAAAGCCUGCUAAAGUUUGGAAAGAUAUCUUGAAAUGUUUGGGUCAGUAA